AUGAUGGCAUUUUCUUGGAGUCAUUGCAUCAUCUGCCAGAAAGAUACAUCAGAAGAGCUAAGAUGUCCAUUAAGAUCACAUGGAGCAGAUAAGAGCGAUCCCAGAAGCGUGUAUAACUCGUUUCUACAAAAUGUUUCUGAGUUCCGUGAUUCACUGGAUGUAAUAUUGCCUGUUAGCCUUACUCUGCCACUCGAGUUAAAUGUUGAUGCCUUGAUCGAAAAAGAAGCUGCGUGGCACAAGUCUUGCCAUUUACAAUUCAGUAAAUCUAAACUAAAUAAAGCAAAGGAAAGAGCAGCUCGAAAAAGGAAGCAAGAUCAAGCAAAGCCAGAGCAGGAGAAACCAACCAAAACGCGUAUACUGUCCUCAGGCAUAAAGAAGAACUGCAAAGAGAACUGCAUAUUGUGUGACCAAACUUGUACUGGCCCGCUUCAUAAUGUCACUACUUUCGCUACUGAUGAAAUUCUUCGCCGAAUGAUAACAGAACUACAAGACAACACGCUGUUACCUAAGAUUUCUGGGGUUGACCUUAUUGCAGCUGAAGCAAAAUAUCACAUGAAAUGCAUGACAAACCUGCGCAACCGCUAUAGAAGUCACUUAACACGAGCACGACAAGAAUCAUGUGAAGAAGAUGAGAAAAUGAAGGAAUCUCAAGCCUUUAUCGAGUUAAACGCAUAUAUCGAGAGUUCUGUUGAGAAUGAGAAGUUAUUUUUUUUGCUUUCUGAGUUGCAUUCACUUUAUGUAAGUCGGCUUCAAACCCUAGGCGUUCAAAAACAAGUGAAUAGAACUAGACUUAAAACCUCGAUACUGGAAAACUUCCCAGACGCUCAAGAGCAAAAUGAUGGAAAGAAUGUUGUUAUAAUUUUCAAGAAAGCCAUACAGGGCAUUGUGAAAGAGGUGGUACAGCAGAGAGACUUCUCAGAGGACGCUGUGAUUCUAGCUAAGGCUUCAGCAAUUGUUCGAAAAGACAUUUUUAGUCAUGAAGGGUUUAAAUUUUCUGGAAGUUUUCCGCAAGACUGCCAAGCGAGAUCUGUACCAGCUAGCCUUAAGUCAUUAAUGUCAAUGAUUUUAAGUGGGGUGAACAUUAAGAACACCGAGGCGCAAGAAUCCCAGCCAUGCUUAACAGUGUGUCAAACCAUAAUUUUUAAUACAAACGCCAAGGAACGUUCAACUGUUCAGUCAAAAACUGGCCAGUCACGGCAUACUAAAUCACGCGAACCACCUCUUCCAUUAUACCUCGGAUUUAAUGUCCAUGCAAUGACCAGAAGUAAGACACUAAUUGCAAAGUUGUACCAGAUGGGACUUUCGGUAUCAUAUCUAAGGAUCAUGGAAUUAGAGGACAUGUUUGCUACUUCCAUCAGUGAGCGCUUUGAAGCGGACGGUUUUGUGGUACCUGCUUGUCUAAAAAAGGGUGUGUUUACCGUUGGAGCCCUUGAUAAUUCAGAUCAUAACCCUAGCUCUAUGACGGCAGCCUCGUCGUUCCAUGGAACAGGCAUUAGUCUUUUUCAGUUACCAACAAUUAGUAAUCCUGGCGAAGAGAGGCCUCCAGUAGCGUUACCGCCACAGGGAACCGGGCAUGCUCUCCCAGAGGAAUACGCAACUGUUUACCCCGUAGAGUUGAACACUAGCAAGGCAGUUGUACCAACGCGUGAUAUGAAAGAAAUAGUUAGUUGCAUGGCUGAAGCGAAACGUAAUGAGGAACAGUGGGUGGUGCAUUCUCUCGAAAAACUUGACGAAGAAUCAGUAACCUCAGGAGAUACGUUGGCUUGGGCAGCAUUUCAUGCUUCGGCCCAGACGGAAGAAGAUCCACCUGCUUUGACUGCACUACUCCCUUUGUUCUACGAAAAGGCGGCGACCCCAGCGAUGGUCAAGCACGGCAUGGAUGUCAUAUGGCAGGCAGUUACCUUUCUAAAUCCGGGCCAGGUUCCUAUCAUCACCGUUGACCAGCCCUGUUUGCGCUUGCGAAGAUGGUCCAGUGGAAGUGGCCAGACUCACAUGGAGAGCAGCGUAUGUAGUUAUGCUUGGUGGCCUGCAUAUCGAGAUGGCUCUAUGGAGUGUGCUUGGCGAUUUGCUUGA